AUGUCACGUACGCUUGACUUUAGUUUUAUUGUGCCACUGUGCCUAUUUCUUGGAUUAUGGCAAAUGCAAAUACAAAUGGUGCAUAUGGAAAUACUGACACGUCGAUCUGGUGCUAAGCGCAGUGUGAAUUUCAUCAAAUCCAAUUAUAAUGAGCACAAAGUUGAAGCGGACAGCAUAACGGAGCCAGCCGAUAUCGUCAAUACAGACUUUAUGGAUAAAAUUAGUUGGAAUUGUGCUAACAAUGGUAAAUGCAUUAACAACUUAACGAAUAGCCUGUGGAAAUCCUACAGACGUGGGGAAACCAUUAAUUUUGGAUUAUUCGAUGUCGUUAAGCUGCCAUAUAAUGCGAAAGCGGCGCACAAUUUAAAUCUCACAGAAAGUGGGCGUAGCAUGUCAAAAGUAAUGGAUUUCAUUAAUGGCAAUGCUGUACGUAUACCAAUCGGACCUAUGGUUUUCAGUAUACAGCGUUCGAUGGAAGACUCUAAUUACUUAGAAGUUGCUUUGCUGAAAAAAUCCAAAACACAAGGGCGUGCACGUGGAGAUAAUAAAAAUGGGGAUGAUGGGUUAGAGUUGCGUGGUGAAACUGGACAUGGUGGUGGCCGCGGUAGACGUCGACGACAUGAUAAAAAGCAGCUCCAAAUGUUAAUACCAAUGUAUCUAGCAGCAACUACUUUUGGUUGGACUUUAGUAGCUGCGAAAGCAGUUGGCUUACUCACACUGAAAGCGUUAAUCGUAUCGAAACUAGCAUUCAUUGUCGCUGCUCUGGUUAUUAUAAAGAAGUUAAUGGACAGCGCAUCAGAGAAAAUGCUGUACCAAUUUCCGGAACAUCCACCUUACAUGAUGCCCUAUAGCAUGGAGUACCCUAUGCAUUCCAUGGGUGGUGCUGAAAUUGCAGCAGAUGGCAUGUAUCCUGCAGCACUGCAGUUGGCAGCUGCCGCUGCACCGCUACCUCAUCACACAGGGCAUUCAGGUUUAGAAAAUCUUGCUGCUGAAAGUAAUUUGCAUCACAAUGUUGCUGAUGUACACAACAACACACAAGUGCUCGCUGCAUUAAAUGCAGCCGGUCUGGGACCGAAAAUUAAGCGCGAGGAUUCUUGGAUGGCGAAAACGAGCUCGGCAAGGCAUCCUUUGAUGUACAAUUACCUGCAACCUCAAAAUCCUUACUACGUAACGCAGUAAUCGACUGCUUAACACAUUUACGUGGUGCACGUAGAA